GUUUUCCCUCACUCCAAAAUAAUUAUUCGUCUACUCGAGUGUACGGCUGAGCUCUGUUGGGCAAAUUUUCUUGGCCUUGGCAUCUCUGACAUUUUGUUCGGUGAUGGAUGCCGAAUAAUAUUUUCGGCGGAGAUACCUGUCGAGUGAUGCCUCCACAAUGCGAAGUGAGUAGGCUUCGAAUUCUCUUCCAUUUUUUUUCAGGACUUCAGCGUAGAAUUUUGUCAGAAUCUUAUCCAAAUUUCGACGGGCGAAGCGUUACUAACAAACUAUUGCCAAAUUCCAAGGAACCUCGAAUGCUUCAAGCCAUAAUCGACUCUUUUCCAGGUACAGAUCGAAAUCUUCUUUUUCUUCUCAAUUUCGACAUUAUUUCUCGUAAAUGUAGUGCUAUUAUUACAGGCAUACAAUGUACCUUCUUCCUUACGAAUGAUGCACAAACUUAGAAAGAUCGUUUACAUAUAACAAGCAGGAAAAAAGGUCUUUUGCUUACCAAAUUUUUGAGAGAUGAGCAAAUGAUUCUCUUGAUAGUGAUUAAUUAUUUGCAAUAGUUCAAGAAUAAGUUGGUCCUAUUUCUCUCUUAUUGUAUUAAAAGGUGUUUUGUGAAUGGUGUUAACAUUUGCUAAUCAAUGUGUGAAACUUCAACAUGUGUUAAUUGCUUUAUCUUUUAUCUAUUUAUCCAUCUGUUCAUCAUUUUUUGUUUACAUUUUCUAUGUUUUUCUUAUUGUCUCCCCCUCUUCUAGAAACGUCAGAACUUCAAAAGAAUGUGCAAGAGUUGAAAAGGAACCUCUCUGCAUUUAGAGACUACGCGGCAGGAGUAAUUCUUAAUCAUUAGUAGUGAUUUGUUAAAAACAAAAGUGCACCGAGGUAAAAUACAUGAGUACUUUUAUGUAGUACUACAUAAGACUGAGGGCCUUAAUAGGACUUUUAACUUGCUGAUUAUUGGUAAAUAUGGUAUAGAAAUAUAGAUUUUAAACAGAAUAUCAUUUUUGUAUUAACAACAGUACACUUCUUCUGCUUUAACUUUUUCAAUGGGGUGAUCUAAAUGUUAUUUCUAAUCAGGCUGAUGUGUGCCUGGGGGAGCCUGAUAAACAUUACUAUAGGUCCUCUUGGGUGUCAUUGUUCCAGACAUUACCAGUGUUCUCCUAAUUUUUUUGAACCAACUUUGGCAGCAUAGUAGGUACAAACCUUAUCAUCCAAAUUGCGUGCCUCUAUAGCCAUCAUCAUCCUCAGAUCAUUAUGAAUAAGAAAUCACAAGGAAGUAUUGAUGUACAAAGAAACUCAAUCAGGAAUAUUGAUUUACAUUUCUUUUAUUGUUAUAGGUUUCAGGGGUUGUAAAAGAACUGAAGAAAAACGUAAGUUUGCCAUUCAUUCACCUCUAAUAAUCAUAAUAAUCAUCUUAAUAAUAACAAUAAUGAUAAUGAUUGUAAGUCAUCACUAAGAAUAAACCAUUCAUUAGAAAAAUGAUAUGAUGUUAAGCAGUUUCUUUUCUUUUCAUCCUUGUGUUAGGUCUCAGCAGAGUUGGAGGAGCUAGCAAUAAGGGCAAGUUUAAAUUCAUCCAUUUCCAGCUCUAUCUAAAUUAGGAAAAAAUUACUAUUAGUGCACUGAGUUUAACAGAAGUUUCUUGCUUUAUGGCAGAUGAAAAAAGACAUGGAAAAAAUGAAAAAUGAAGUAAGUUACCAACAUUAAGAAUGUAUUGUUAUCUGAAUCUCUCACUGUUACAGUUCCUAUCAUCCUUUUUUUCAGAAGCAAAAUGUGGACUGCUCUACUUAUUUUACCAACUUUGGUAGGUCCACUAAUUCUUUAACACAAUAAUUUUGUCUGUUUUAUUUUUUAGGGCAAAAAUACAGAGCUAGAGGAUAUCUGUCUCACAGUACAGGAUGUUGCCCAAGUUUUGAUUGGUCUAAAUACAACUGUAAAUGAGAGGUUUCUACAUUUUGAACAAAGCAUCAUGCAACUGGAUCAAAAGGUACAUAUACCUGAAUGUAUUUUUGUGUGUCAUUUCAUACCAAAUUUCAAAUCAACCAACCAGAGACCUGAUCUGAGAUAUCUUGCAAUGCCAAGUCACUGCCCUAAGCUGCACGAUAUCAUGGUCUCUUUCACUUCAAGUUAAGCUACUUAAUGGUCAUCACAAAGUGCGUGGUACACAUAUACCUCUAAGCCUAAUGCAAAAACAGAGACUGUUUUCCAUCAUGAGUUAAAGAGGAUUUUCGAAGAUUGUAAAACAUAUAGCUCAUCACCGUUUGCAAGAGUCGGUGUUGAACAUUCAAAUUCAAGCAAGACUAUCCCAGCAAAUUUUAAAUUUGUUUUCAAAAUGACCUGUUUACAUUUAUUCAAUGCCUGUGGAAUGGAAGGGGAUACUUUUUUGUAUCUAAUUUCGAGCUUUUGAACUACAACUUAGCUUAUUGUUCAAAAAGUUCUUCAAAUCAACCGUAUGUACUGGCUUGAAGAGCCUGUUUGAGGGGCCGAAGAGCACAAAAACAUAUGAUUGAGUCAAAAAUAAGAACAAUAAAGUGUGAUUAACUUCUAAAAGUUUUAAAAAUAUCUUGACUAUUGACUUAAGGUAUAGAUAUAUCAGUGAUAAGGGGUGGUGUGGUGUAAGCCUAUAGACAGAUUGAUUGAUCUGUGGUGACCAUUCCACCAUCAGUCCAAACUAUAGAGAGAUAAAACUCCAUAGUUUGCAAAUCCAACAUUGAGCAAAUAAGCAUGGUAAAGGUCUCCAAUGUAAAUUAAAAAAAACAAAAACAAACUGGGCAUUUCUCACAACCAACUUGAGUCAAUGUUGUUUUCCUUCUUUACAACUUUUCAUAUAAGAGCCUCCCACUUUGGCAGGGCCGCUGUCACUACCACUGUCACUGCCACUGCCACUGUCACUAUCAUGGUCAUUGUCACUGUCACUGUUAUUGUCACUAUUACUGUCAUUUUCACUAUCACUGUCCUUAUCACUUUUAAUUUUAUUGUCAUUUACACUGUCACUGCCACUGUCAAUUUCACUGUCACUGUUACUUUUAUUUUCACUGUUACUGCCACUGCCACCUUCACUGCUACUGUCAUUGUCACUAUCACUGUCACUGUCAGUGCAACUCACUGCCACUGUCACUGUUACUAUCACUAUCACUGUCAAUGUUACUGCCACUGUCACUUUCACUUUCACUGUCACAGUAACUGCCACUUUCACUGUCACUUUCCCUUUCACUUUUAUUGUAAUUGCCACUGUCACGCACUGUCACGGUCAUUAUCACUAUCACUGUUGUUAUCACUGUCUCUUUCCCUUUCACUUUUACCGUCACUGUCACUCACUUUCAUUGUCACAGUCAAUGUCACUGUCAAUGUCACUGUCAAUGUCACUGUCACUUUGUCACUUUCCCUGUCACUGUCAUUCUCACUGUAACUGUGCUAAUUGUCAUUAUCACUACAAUUGUAAUCAUUUUCAUUAUUAUCGUCAUUGCAGUGGUUACUGUGAAUAUCAUUGUUGUUGUUGUUUUUUUUAAUUGCAUAGGUGAAAAAUACUACUGGCAGCACGAGCAUCAGAGGACCACCUGGAGUCAAUGGUACUAAUGGUGACACUGGACCUGCCGGACCUCCAGGAUAUAAUGGUACAAAGGGUGACAUUGGACUUGCCGGACCUGCUGGACCUCCCGGACCUCCAGGAUUUAAUGGCACUCAGGACCCUGCAGGACGAUCUGGACUACCUGGUGUUCAGGGUCUUCGUGGACCAUCUGGGUUCAAUGGUACCCAGGGUCCACCUGGACCUGGGACCAGUUCCUGUGGACUUUAUCCAGCACUGGUGUGGCAGCAAGUUCGAUCACCCAACAAGAAAUUGUAGCGACGGAACAAAAUGUAAGUUGAGUUGAAGAUUGUGAAAGUUGUUCGAUUCUGACGGAAGAAAAAAUUUCUAUUGAAAAUUACUUUACGACAUAUAAAGGGUCCAUUUCCAACCUUGAUGCAACGCGGUCGCUUUUGUUUAAAUAGCACCUCUGAUUGGUCAGUUAUUUUUACCUUGACACGUCUCAAAAUACCUUCUGCGUUUUCUCCGAUGAAUUUGAAGAGCUUAUCAAAACAAUUCUGUCUAAAACAGUUCUAUACGUUUUAAUCAGGUAUGGAAUCAGAUGAAUCCAUUGAUUUAGUAGAUUCCGAGGCAGUAAACGUUUAUGGCUCGGUUGUUGCUAAAGAGGAACGCGAAAAUCCUUGCGAGCAUUUGGAAGAAGGUGAAAAUGUUGAUCCACUACGUUUUCAUUCAUUCAUCAAUUUUUUUUAAAUUGAAGUUUGCCAUCCUUGUUGUGUCGCUGACGUUCCUGUAAUGAUGCGACUAAACUUAAAAUAAUUAAACGUCCGGAAGUCCGAUAUUUUUCCAUAUUUCUCUUCGAAAUCAAAAAAUGUUUAUACGGAAAUGUUCUACCUUCAUUUACAAUCCUCAAGCGCUUUCAGGCAGCCUAAAAUUUCGAACUUGAUGUUUUUCGCUAACCCUGUAUACAGAGUAUGAAGCCAUCCAAGCGCUUGACACAUAAAAACUUUUCAAUGACACGGCUGGACACGGUCCUCAAAUAACUCCAUAUUUCUCUUUGAAAUAUACCAGUUUUUCGUUGAAAAAUAUUCUACCUUCAUUUACAAUCCUCAAGCGCUUCUAGAAAGUGAAAAAAUGCCAACGUUAUCCGUUUCGCUGACCUUGUACACAGAGUACGAAGAGAUCCAAGCGUGACACUUAGAAAAUUUUCAGCGGACACUUCGAAUAACUAAGCGUCCGGCAGUCUGAUAUUUUUCCAUAUUUCUCUUUGAAAUAUAACAAUUUCUAUUGGAAAUAUUUUAUCUUCAUUUAGAAUCCUUAAGAGCUUCUAGAAAGUGAAAAAAAUUGAACGUUGUCCUUUUCGCCGACUCUGUCACAGAGUAAAUACUUUUUUUAAGUGUCACGCUUGGAUCUCUUCGUACUCUGUGGACGGUUCACCAACGGUUCAGAUCCAAGCGUGACACUUAAAAAAAGGUUUCUUCGGAUUCUUCCGGACAAAAUUCAAAAUACUGUAAGGAAACUGUAAAAUGACGAACGUAUUUGCCGUGAAACAGUUGACUAUAUGUCCAGGAUGGCUCUUGAGAAGGACGAUUUUAGAAGGUUAUCAGUGAUCUGGGAAUUUCGUGUUACAGGAAAGUGGGUCGCGGCGCGCGUGGCAUCAAGGAAAUGGCCUUUUACAGUCAAGACAAUAUUUAACGUUCUAAGGAGUUGUCCAAAUGUCGUAAAGCCUCCCUUAAAGUCGUAAAGUUGAUUUAUUACUUUAUAGCCGUAGGCAAGGCGUGAAAUUGCGCCUAAUACAGAUGCCAAUGCGACUAAAUUUUUCACUUUGGCGACCAAAUCCUGAAAACUAGUCGCCAAAUUGGCGACUAGAAUGUUUCAUUAUUACCUUACUUAGAGAUAUAGUGAAUUAGAAGGAUUUGCAAAGAUAAAUCUGCGGCAAACUUCCUUGUUAAGUUUGUUUCCAAAACGCAGCACAUGCAUCUCGAUCGAUAACUGAACACCAUCUUGGAUUUAGUUGAGCUUGAACGUUGCAUAUUAUCCAUCCUAGUGUCCUCUUUGUAGCACGUGAAAGAUCUUUUCCCAAACUUAAUUUCUAGAACGAUGGCAGCGUAAGAAAAGGUUUUGUUUGUCUUUGAAAAUGGCAACCUUUUUUUUUUUAAUUGGCUACCACUUUGAAGAAUUUAGUAGCUAAAUGGCUUUUAUAAUCAGAAAAAAAAAUUAAUUUCACGCCCUGCAUAAGCCGCAUCGAUUUGGAGAAUCAAAGCUAAAGCUAAUUUCCUUUUUUUUAGGUCGUAAAUCUCCAUCAUCAUUUAAAAAAGAAAAAGGAAGACAAACAAAGGAAAAAAGAAAAGAAAGCAAGAAAACAUUUAACAACUCGUUAUGAAAUUCAGCACGGACUUGUCGGACAAGUUCAUUUUGCCGCCUAAUGUAAGAUAGAAUGGUUUUUUUAAAAUUUUUUUUCCCCACAAUUUCAUACCUUUCAGUAUAUAUAUGGUUAUUUCUCUAAUCCCACACUGAGCAAUGAUAUCCUCGGCCUGACAUGGAACAAAAAAACGUUUGCAAAUAUCAUUUUUUUCAUAUCAUGACUCUUAUAAGUGACAACAAAAAUCGAUUUUGCACGAACGACCUGCAUGCUGAGGGAACCAGUAAUCCAGCGUACAUUCAAAGGCCAGUAUUAGCAAAUACGUGGAUUUUUCUCUUCUUACGUUCCUAGACGUGAAAGCUUUAUUUGUGAUUUCCGAUUUCGGCAUGGAAAACUCACAAUAAGUAUUCCCAUUAUUGUAGGGGUCGGCUUUCGUCACGUCGUGUGUACACCCAUUGAAGAGGAAAGAAAUGUUUUGCUCAUCAGCUUUUCGAACUCUUGACGUAGUUUAUCAUUAUCAUCAGUAUCAUAAUUAUAUUCUUUUUUUUCCUGCCAGGGUAAAAUCUUUAUUGGCGUAAACUGUGAUACAAAUGACGCGAAAGUUGCUGUAUUAGCAAGCACCAUUUCAGGUGGAAAGAGAACCUACAAGUGCUCUUGCUAUGGUACCCUAAUAACUGGAGAAGCAAAGAUGUAUUGCUACAUGCACUACUGGGAGUGUCAGUUAUAAGAGGAAAAACAGAAAGCCAAUUUAUAAACAGGAGUCUUUGUGUAGAAGAUAAUACUGUGUUGAAUCAGAAACGAGACGAAGAACAAUUAGUGGUUUAACGUAGAUACUUUUUUUCAAAUAUGC